GUCAGAAAUGGCACCGGACACAGUGUCGCCUGAUCCAGAAAUCGAACGGCCUCAAGGAUCCGUCGUGUCUUUGUUUGAAGUGGGACAUUUGAUCGCAUCAGGAAACUUCAGCAAGGUCUACGAGGGAACACACAUAUUCAGCGACAAAGUGAAGGUUGCUCUGAAGUGUGUCCCCAAGCGCAGAGCGGACCGCUAUCUUGACAUUCCUGGUCACUCCAAACCCCUGCUUGCUGAAGUGGCUCUGAUGCUCCGGCUGGGAGAAGCUCCCUCAUGCCCCAACAUCAUGGAGCUACACCAGUGGCUGGAGGAUGAGAGCAGCUUCACUCUCAUUAUGGAGUACCCUGAACCCUGCAGGACCUUGGAGGAUUACAUCUUGUUCUCCGGCCCCGUUAGUGAAGCACAAGCACGCUUGUUCAUGCUUCAGGUGCUUCAAGCGGUCAAACACUGCCAUGAGCGUGGAGUUUAUCAUGGUGAUAUCCGCUCGAGGAACAUCCUGGUGACUCUCCACAGUCUGGAGCUCAAGCUCAUCGACUUCCGCUGCGCUCGUCUGAUCAGCAGCGAGGGCUUUAACAGCAGCCAAUACCAAGGAUCAGACGCAUACACCCCUCCUGAGGUCCUCGGUCAGUCCAUAUUCCACGCCGCAGCAGCAGACGUCUGGGCGCUGGCCGUUCUGCUCUUUGAGAUCAUUCACAGAUAUCUGCCCUUCGAAAGCUUUGAUGCCAUUCAGCAAGGCUACGUCAGGAUGGAUCCCACCUUAUCCACAGCGUGCCAUGACCUGAUCUUCCACUGCUUGAGCCGUAAUCCAGCUCACCGGCUGACGCUGCAGCAGCUGGAAGAGCACCGCUGGAUGAAAGCCUAGACUGGAAGAAGGCAGGGAUCCCAGUGUGCAUCAGACAGAGCAGAGCUGAGGAGUUUAGUGAGUGACCAGCGGCGUCUCGAGGAGUCUCAGGAAAUGCAGCGAGACUGUGGAGCUGCAGGUAAAAUGACGGCUGUGUUCACAAGCACCUCAGAGCAUCGGCAGACAGCAAAGCAGCGCUUGUGUUCACAUGCUCGUAUUCUUAACCCGCGAACACCUGCAGCUCCGUCACUAAACGCUCUCAAAAACAGAAGAAAACCACUCGACACAAAGAACGACAAUAAUAUAAUAUUUUAGAACGCUGCUGUCUGUAGAAAUGAGAA